AUGGAGGGAGAGAUCGUAGCCGACGGCGACGUUGAAGUUGGGAAAGCAGAUUAUGCCACAGAACGAGUGUUCAGGCGAAAAACCCCCACCGCCGCCGUCGACUUGGUGUGUAUGCCGGUGUGUGCGUGUGCGAGACCGGUCGGACCGGAAUUCGUCAACGGAGCACUCAUGCUGCCUUUACCAGACUUCAACACACGCACCUUCACGUUCCGUUAA